CUAGCUUGGCCACAGGAAAGUUAGGAUAGCAUAUUUCUCAUUCAUUCACGAAUACUUAAUAAUUUGUGGGAAACGACAGAAUGACCGUUAUGAUUACUUCCAUAGUCCUUCAACUUUCCAAACCCUAUCAAACACAAGCUCUGACCUGAGGUCAGACAAGAUAGGCCAAAUGUGUGACAGCAACGUCAUUUACACCUUUCGUCCAAUCAGACGCGUCCUGUCGGUGUAAAAGCCACGCUCAUUAUCUCAGCAAUCUUAUUACCCAUCCAUCGUACUCAUCCGAGAACUACUUCGCUGUGUUUCCACGAGUUCCUCGCAAGUCUUCAGACUUUUAGUUGAAGCGAUGAAGAACUCAGAUGUAAACAAGUCAAAAUGCCUGAAACGAGUACUGAAACCAGUGAUUGAGAAGAAAAGAAGAGAUAGGAUAAAUCAGAAUUUGCACGAGCUGAGAGUUUUGUUGCUGAGAUGCACGGAAGACACGCGUUUGCAAAAUCCCAAACUGGAAAAGGCGGAGAUUCUAGACCUUGCCGUACAGUACCUGAGGAGGGAUACAGAAAAACAUUACAAAAGAAACGAAUCUGGGAGCCAACAUCCGCCUGAUGAAGAAGUCAACCCUGAAAUGUCAGUGUCAGGACUUCAACCACCCCAUGCACAGUUCAGCUCAGUCUACACGGCAGGCUUUCACCACUGCCUAACCAACGUCUCCAGCUUCAUGACUAACACAGGCUCCUCCGAAAUUGACCCUGAGGUCAGCAAGCUGAAGAUCUGCCUGGACGGUCACUUCACCCAUUCUGGCCAUCGGGGGCACGGAACAGAGGGACAGCUCCACACAAGCGAUGCACCAAAAGGCCCUUGUCCUGACUCCCCCCCUGUGUCUGCGCAGAUGACACCUCCUCACUCUCCCCUCCUCUCCCACUCCACCCCGGUAGCCCACUCCUCCAUCUCCCAUGAGCCAUCACUCUCACACAACGCGUCCCUCCAUUCUCUUGAGACCUCCAGACGCUCCCCCUCCUCCUCCUCUCCGGUCCCGACGUUUUGCUCCUUAAGCCGUAUUACACCCUUCCACUCCCCCUCUCCCAUCAGGAGGCAUUCUGUCGUUCCCAAUCAAACAAGCUCAACGUGGCGGCCGUGGAACUGACCGUUUUACACAGGUGACCAUAUAUAUGGACGGACGUGGAUUUUCAAAUCUGCCCUCACUCAAAAACAGACACCAGGAGGACAUGAGAUGCGGACGAGCCAGGAAUGAGCAUCUUAUGAAAGGAUCACUAUAGCCAUGUUAGCGCACAAUCCCUCGUGUGAGCGUAGGUGUCAGUCAGCACUGCAGGAGACUGAUCACUGUUUAACGGCUGCAGUUGUCUGUUUGAAAGACAUAUGAAUGGCCCUUCUGUGAGUGGCACACUUGUCAGAACAGAUGGGCCCUCUCCCUGUGUCCUUCUCCUUAAUCUUGUGACCAAGAUGGCACGUGUAUUGUGUAUAUAUAUAUAUGUAAAUAGAUAUAUUUAUAUAGGUAUAUUUUGUGAAAUAUUUAUGUUUUCUACCAUUUUCCUGAA